AUGGCUGACGGUAACAUUUCAGCAGUGUCUCAGUUCAUCUUUGUAGGACUGACAGAUGACCCAGGACUUGAGAUCAUCCUCUUUGCUGUGUUUCUAGUCAUUUACUUAACUACUGUCUCGGGGAAUCUUGGAUUGAUUAUGUUAAUCCACUACAGCCCUCAGCUUCAUACACCCAUGUACUUUUUCCUCAGUCACUUGGCUUUUGUUGAUUUCUGUUAUACAUCCUCAGUUACUCCAAACACAAUUAUAAACUUCCUUCGAAAAGUCAAAAGUAUAACCUUCUAUGCAUGUGCCACUCAGGUGUGCUGUUUCAUCACAUUUGCUGUUUGUGAAAUGUACUUGCUGUCAGUCAUGGCCUAUGACAGGUAUGUGGCCAUCUGGAACCCUCUCCUCUAUGCGGUCCUCAUGCCUAGAAGGCUCUGUCUUCAGGUCAUCGCCAGCACAUACAUUUAUGGAUUCACUGUGGACCUUGUUCAGGCAGUGGCAACCUUCCACCUGUCUUUUUGUGGCUCCAAUGUAGUUAACCACUUCUACUGUGAUGAUGUUCCCUUGGUUGCUCUGGCCUGUUCUGAUACGCAUGUCAAAGAGUUGAUGUUGCUAAUCAUUGCUGGCUUCAACACCCUUUGCUCUCUGUUGAUUGUGAUCAUUUCUUAUGUUUUCAUUGUCUUUGCCAUCCUGAGAAUGCAUUCUGCUGAAGGAAGAAGGAAAGCCUUUUCCACCUGUGCAUCCCACCUGACUUCUAUUACCAUAUUUUAUGGAACAAUUAUUUUUAUGUACCUGCAGCCCAAGUCAAGCCAUUCUCUGAACACAGAUAAAUUUGCUUCUGUGUUUUAUGUGGUAGUAAUUCCCAUGUUAAACCCACUGAUCUACAGCUUGAGAAAUCAGGAGGUAAAAAGUGCCCUAAAGAGAAUUACUGACAAGUUGUCUUUGAUCAUUAGGUAA